AACAUCUAAAACCCUUAACCCUAAUAGAGGUCCGUUGCUUGUCUUUCCAAACAUCGUCUGCUCCACCUCUUAUUUGCCUCCGUUCCGAUGGCUUUAAUUUCCCGAUUCCGCCGCGUCUUCACCGAACCCUCCCCACUGUGCUCUCAGUUCUCUUCGAUUCGUCUGAAUUCGACUCUCACUUCCCCCAAGCUUUUCAUUAGCGGUCUCUCAAGAGAAACAACCGAUGAACAGUUCCAACAGGCAUUUAACCCGUUUGGCCAGAUUGUUGAAGCCAAAGUCGUAAGAGAUAGAGCCACUGGAAGGUCAAAAGGAUUCGGUUUUGUUACAUAUGCAUCCAUCGAAGAAGCUGAGAAGGCUAGAGAAGAAAUGAAUGCCAAGUUCUUGCAUGGAUGGGUUAUUUUCGUAGACCCUGCCAAACCAAGGGAAUACAGAGCUACACCGAGAUCAGAUCCGGGCCUUCUGAAAUUGGUUUCAGAACAAACAAAACUGUAGGAUGGUGUGGGCAUAAUUAAUUCAGCUUAAAAUACAUGGAGCCAUUGUUGGGUUUAUUUAAAAAAAGCUAAAAGUUUUUCAUAUAUUACCUAUAAUUUUUGCAGAAGCUAGAAGGUGUUGAAUCUAUGAUUUAUUCUUCAUGGGGAAACCUGUUAACUAAUGUGUAUUAAAACUCAUUUUACUUGUCC